AUGACCCUCGUGACCCAUAUCUCUGAUUCCGAAGUUGAUAGUUUUCAUGCUCCAACGCUAGGUUCCUUCUCUGUAAUUCCCUCAUCAUAUCCUCUUGUCUCCUCUGAUUGGCCAGAAUUGCCAGCAGUGUCAGAUUCAUGGAAUAUUGUCAAUUACUCAUUUUGUGUUCUCUGUGAAGAAGUAUCUCAAUAUUAUAGUGCUGGUAAAGGAUUUCAUGGUGUGUUUUUCAAAGAAGCUCUUCAUUGGUUGGGAAGUAUUGUCACCGAAAAAAACUCGUCCGAUGUUAUAGUCACUUUUAAUAUGAGCACUGAGACAAUGGUGGAUAUGCCAUUGCCUGAAAAUGGGAUGCCACCUAUAGAUUUUCAAGGGGAAAUGUACUCAAAUUUGGGAGUGUGGGGAGACUGCAUUUGUAUAGCUUGUAUUUGGGGAUCAGUUAAAAUUGAUGUGUGGGUGAUGCACGAGUAUGGAGUAAAAAAAUCUUGGAAUAAAAUUGAUUGUCUUUCCUACAAAUAUGUCGGAUUUGAUGUUUGGUAUCUGGCCGAUAUAUAA